AUGAAUAACUCGUCUAACGGGCUCUCCAGCGACGAGGCCAAGUCGCUCGCUCCUGCUGGUGUCAUUUGCAGAUUGAAGAAGUUAUGUGAUCUCUUCGAACAUUCCCAUAAAGUAGGUUUAAAAUUCUUCGUUAAAAUUGUCUUAAACGAACGGUUUUAAAGAGAUUUUAUGUGAAUAUUAUUAUGAUUUUUACCUAAAUUGUUGUUACCUAAAAUAAUGUUAAACAUGUAUAUUUUGGUAAAUUGUCUACUUUCAGGACUUUCUUUUUUUGAAACCCGAAGAAUGCACUCAAAAAGCAAGCAUUUGAAAUAAUAAAUCGUCUUGAUGUUCUCCACAAAAGCGUAUACAGCACUCUGAACACAACCAAGACUUCUUUCCGGAAAAACAAAGAACGAGCUUUGGUAAGUCUAAACCUUUUUUUACUAUUUAUGUGUUUAGGAACCGAUCCGGGCCUCUUCAGCUGCUUCUACUUCGACUCAAAACGAGAGUCUUGUGAAUGGUGUUGACGAGGUAUCAGCAAAUGGGCAUGGUGAGAUUAUGGAACAGGAUUACAUUACAGUCGAAGACUCACAGACAACAACACAAGCAAAUGGAGAUGGAAGGCGAUCAAAUAGAACAGAGCAAGCCCAAGUUGAUGAGCACGAAGAAGAAGCCUUGCCUUCGACUUCUCUUUCUACUAGAAGUUCAGUUAGGAAGGCUUCUACUGCUGCCAAGGAGCGGAUCGUGAAGAUGGGAAUUCAGAAAGCGUCGGAAAAGAAGAUUCUGAAGGUCGUCGACAUUGAAACUGCGAAAAAGAAAGUGAGUCUUCCACCCGAGUUUAGUAUGUUCAAUCAAAAUUGUCUUAUCUUAAUAUGUCCCGAAGAUCAGUAUUUUUUCAUGAACCGUUGUUAAAUUUUGUUGUUAAUAAAUAUUGCAAAUAUUUCCGGUUAUUGGGUUAUAUAAAGCAUGGUAAAUUUGGAAGUCAGAAGCUUUUUUAUGACAAAAUAACCGGCUUUAUUGAUAGUUUCUGGUGAUCUAAAGCAACUUUUUGUCUGUCUUUUUAAAAAACAUGAUUUCAGCAAGAUUAUAAAAGCUUUUUAUUAAUUUUAUUAUAAAAUUUAUAUUUUUUCUACAAACUAAAAUAUUCUUUUGAUAGGAAACUGAAAAUGAAGCUGACUGGCAUAAAGGAGUUGAGAAUCUCUUAGCUGAUAUUCCUGUAGAUAACUCUGAUGCUGAAGAAAGUGCUGAAGACGAAGAGAAUCACAAAGAAUUGGGAGCUUCUGACCUAUCAGAUCAUCCAGAAGAUUUCGAAAAGAAGAAGAAACAAAAGUCAAAGAAGGCUGAGAAGCCGAAUCUAUCUGAUGUUGUUGAUUUGAGUUCAGACGACGAUAUUCCACUGGUCAGAAGAGGACAAAGGAAAGGACAGAGAAUGGAUUUGGACGAUAGCGAUGAGGAAGAACAAUCUCCAAAGAAGGCCUCGAACAAGAAAAAGAAAAAUGCUAUAACUUCAGAAGACGAAGGCGACGACGAUGAUGAUGAAGAAGAGGAUUUGGAUGAAGAAGAAUCAGAAUCUGAUGAUGACUCUGAAGAAUCUGCAUUUGGCGAGGAUGAAGUGAGUUUUGUAUUUUUUAAACUUUAUUAUGAUAGACAUUUAUUAUUUACAACAAGUUUGUGAAGAAAAAUUAUAUUUAAAUAGGUAACAUAUUUUCUUUCUAUGUUGAUACUGAUAAAUUACAGGAGUUGGAAGAGCUUUUACGUCCAAGGCCAAGAAGUGACGACGAAGACGUCGACAGUGAGAGCGGAAGGCCUCAGCGACGCUCCAGAAGACUGGCUAAAUCUCAAGAUGUCAAAGAGCAGAAGACCGCAAGUUUUAAUGCGUAAGUUUUCAAAUUUGAACUUCACAGUACGUAGUUUAAUGAGGUAUAAAUUUGAAUUUACAGAAGAAAACGAAAGAGACCUGCUUCGUCUGACAGCAGCAGCGAUGAUCUGUUUGACAGAGACGAUGAAGCCAGAAAAAAUGAAAGUCAGGAGUCGGUUGUAAGUCGUAAAGCAAAUGUUUGUAAACUAUUUUAAAUUUUAGUUUUUUACAUAUUUUUUGUUGUUUUAUACCUAAAACUUUGAUUUUAGAUUCAAAAGCUUAACCCAUUAGAAGAUAAAAAGCGUAAGAGGAGACGACGAGUCAUUGUGGACACAGAUGAAGAGCUAGAAGAAGAUGAAGAAGACCAAAAAGAUGAUGAAGCAGAUGUGAAGAAGAAGAAGGAAAAGGCCAAGAAGGGACGAUUGUGCAAAGACACGAGAGAAGCAGAGAAAGAAGAGAGGGAGAGGGUGAAGAGGUUGGCAGAGAAGCAGAAGGACUUCAAUGGCAUUGUUAUCAGUGAAGAUCCGGAAACUUUGGGGAAGUGUCAAGGUGGAGGUAAUUUGAGUUAUGAUGACCGUAUCUACUUUAAAUUCGAUUCUGCAGCUGUAUUUGACAAUAAAUUGGCAUAAAUAAUAUAUUUAACAUUUCAGUUGUCGCUGGUCCAGUUCAAAAGAUAAUGUUGGACGAUGACAGGGAUUCGGAAGAUUCUCAACCAGUCCAAGUCCCUCCAGAGUUGGUCAGGGUUCUAAAACAACAUCAAGCUAUGGGGAUCAAGUUCUUGUACGAUCUCACAAUUGAAGAUUUGAAGCGAGUUGAACUUCCGGGGGGUGGUGGAAUCUUGGCUCAUUGUAUGGGGUUGGGUAAGACACUUCAAGUGAUUGCCUUCUUGUACACGAUUCUAAGUCAUCCCAAGAUUAACAAGGUCGUCAGGAAGGCAAUGGUGGUUGUGCCUAAGAAUGUGGUAAUCAACUGGCAACAAGAGUUCGAGAAAUGGGUAUUCGAAAAUGGUUUGGGAGGUAUUGAUGUAAGUUUUGACUUAUUACAGAUAAAAAUCAGAGAUUUGGCGUAUGCCUUUUCUUGCAGUCAAAUAGGCAUGUCAUACAUUUCUUUUUACAGAUUGUUGCCGUUGAUGGCGAAAAAGACAUGGAACGUCGGUAUCAGAUGCUUCAAAACUGGCAGAAGACGAAGUGUCCGGCUGUCUUGAUCAUCGGAUACGAAAUGUAUCGCAUAUUGGUAACAGAUCCAUUCACUUCGAACAAAAAAGGACAAAAACCUAAGCCAACUCCGGCCCGAAGACUCCACAAAAAGUUGUUGAGCAAGCUACAAGAGCUUCUUCAGGAUCCAGGACCAGAAAUUGUGGUAUGCGACGAAGGCCACAAGCUGAAGAAUGACGAAAGCAAACAGAGUAUCGCGAUGUCAGGGUUGAAGACUAGGAGAAGAGUGUGCCUAACUGGCACUCCGAUGCAGAACAACCUUAUUGAGUGUAAGUUUCUCAAUUAUAAUAUGGAGAGCUGAUUUGAAAUACUGUAUUUGAUUUCGAAGUUAAAGUAAUAAUAAUAUAAAUUCAGAUCACUGCAUGGUGAACUUUGUCAAACCCGGGCUUUUGGGAACCAAGAAGGAGUUCACAGAGAGAUUUGUUAACGUCAUCAAAGCUGGUCAGACGAAUGAUGCUUCUGUCGAUGAAAUCCUGGCCAUGAAACGUCGUUGUCACGUGCUUCAUCAGAAGUUGCAGAAGGUCGUGGAUCGUCAGGAUUACCGUGUUCUAACCCAAUUUAUUCCGCCGAAACAAGAGUACAUUAUCCAUAUCAGACUAACAGAAAAGCAGAUUCAGCUUUAUCGUGCUUACGUAUCUCUCACGAUGUCAGACAGGCAAACACUCCACAAGCGACAUCUUUCCGACUAUCAUACCCUCAGCAGAAUCUGGACGCAUCCCUAUCAGCUAGUGGCCAACUCGAACAAGAAGUUGGCCAAGGAGGACGAUGAUGAUUCGUUCAUCGACGACGACAGCGAUGACAGUGAAGAAGUGAGUAGGCCGGCUAGAAGAAGGAACGCCGAUGCCAUGGAAGAAGCAGUAGAUGAGGAAGAAUUCACAAUUCCUUUGUAUUGGUACGACGAGUUGGGUAUUAUGGAAGAUGGGGACAAGGAUAACUUUGCCUUGAGUAACAAACUGAUUGUUCUGCAAGAUAUCAUCAAGGCUUGUGAACAGAUCGGCGACAAGUUGUUGAUCUUCAGUCAGUCCUUGGAGAGUUUGUCCUUGAUCAAGUACAUGUUGGAGACACUGGACGAGAAGUGGUUUGAGGGACACGAACCCUUGCUACAGAGAAACAACGAGAAGUGGGGAUGGGACCUUGGCAAGGACUUCUUUGUAAGUUUAUAUUCUUAUUGAUAAAAGGCUCCUUUUAUUAAAAAUGACAGUUUAUUUAAUCAUUUUUUACAGAUUAUUUCGGGUAAAGUGAACGCCGAAGAUCGUGAACGUGUUCAGAAGCGAUUCAACGAUUCCACAAAGCCUCGGGCUCGAGUGUGUUUGAUUUCUACAAAGGCUGGAUCUUUGGGAACGAACAUGGUCGCUGCCAAUCGUGUAGUAGUCUUCGACGCUUGCUGGAAUCCUUCUCACGAUACUCAGGCUUUGUUCAGAGCUUACAGAUACGGACAGACGAAGCCAGUCUAUGUCUACAGGUUAGUAGCUGAUGGCACGAUGGAAGAUGUAAUCUACAAACGACAAGUCACUAAGGAUUCUACAGCUCUUCGAGUAGUCGAUGAGAAGCAGGUCAAGAGCUGGUUCAAAAAGAGUGAUUUGGCUGAGCUGUAUCACUUGGAUAUUCAUGAAUAUCGACCUGAUCUGAAGAGAGCUCUCAAUCCACCAAAAGAUCGAGUACUUGGAGACAUCAUCAUUAAUCGACCGGAGACUAUCUACAACUAUGAGGAGAGAGACACCUUGUUGAAACAUGUUGUGGAAGAAGUUCUCACUGACAGGGUGAGUUUCUGUUUUAAAUAAUGUAACGCAUUUUCUUAUCUUAUAUUGGUAUUAUAAAUGUAAACGAUUUAUUAUGUAAAUUAAGCCUUCAUUUUUGAUAUUAUUGUAGGAACGUCGAGCUGCGUGGUUGGAGUACGAGAAGGACAGAUCUGGUCCUCGUUUGGUGCAGAACGUCAGCGGACUUCAAAUGCAACAUUCUGAACGCGAGUUCCUGAUUGGUAAGUCUCUUCCGCCGUUUAAAACGAAUUUGUACUUAAAUCACUUUAAAAAAUUGGUUAUUAAUGUGAUAUCGUUUCAGAAAUGGCAAGAUUCGUUAAUAACCAGAUCAACCGGAACCAAGUUAUGAUCGAUCCUUUGAGCAGCGCCUUAGGAAAGCAACUCAUGGACCACGGCUGCGAGUAUCAGCAAUGUAUGGGGCUUCAGAUCUUGUACAUGGGCUUCCAAGAGCUGAUUGGGAAAGCGCCCGCUCAGGUCAAACAAGAGUACCCCGAGCUGGUGGAUCCUGUCAAGUUUGUCAUGGAUUGCUAUUUGGUAGGUGUCACUUAAUAUGAUAAUGUCACAAUAUUCUGGGCAUUGUUUUGCGUUUUUCAUACUGAGUAAGUAAAUAAAACAAUUUUGCACGGUUUAAUGUUAUGUUUGGGCAGUUUUGCAUAUAUUAAUUUUGAUGUUUAGUCGCAUCCUCCAAAGAACGCGUAUGAGCUGACGAUGUUGGAUUGUCGAAACAAGUUCAAAGAUCUCCAUCGCAAAUAUUCUCAUUUGAACCAGCUGAAGACUAGCUUCAACUUCUUGGCCCGGUUGAGUUACCUAUUGACUGAUUACGUGGCUGCUCCAGCACCACCUGCCCCGAUUACCAUUUAA